AUGACGAAUAAUUGGGCUAUACGGAAUCAAGAAGACAGACAAAAUGAUGAAACAGAUGUACAAAAGGUCGAAAAUGUAGUUGCGUCACAAAACAGAGAGGUAGAUGACACACAGCUGAAGCAGGACCAAGAAACGGAAGACGGCCCUGUUGACAUCGAAGGAGAUAACACACCCGACGACGACGACGACGAUGAUGAUAGGGGACAGGAGGUCAUCAAUUACCAAGACAUUCAAGUCGACCAUGACAGCAAAGUCACCAGUGAAAAUGAAGGCAAAAAUAAAGAGACGGACAGUAAAAACGAAGAAGAGGAAGAAGAGGAUGGCACAUUCGAUGAUUUGAUUGAAGAUGACGAUGGGGAGCAGUUUGCAGAUGAGAAUGAACCAGAGAUGGAAAAAGAAGAAGAGGAGGAAGAAUCUGAGUACAUGCUGACACCUGCUGCUGCACGUGAAUUAAUGCUAGAACUGAGAGAUCCUGUCGAAGUUGCCAAAUUUGUUGUGGAAACGGACGAUGCUGCUGGCUUCCUCAGGGCUCUCAGAUUACUCUUACAUGAUGGAUAUAUUAGUGAAGAAGAAGCAUACGCCCUCAAGGAUGAGGUGGCAGCACAGCUUAGAAAUCUUCUUAUGCUUCAACAAGUCGAGCUAUCAAGGGCACUGUUCGAAACCUAUCAGCCACAGUUAGAAGAGGGCCCAACGGAAGACUUGGAUGGACUUCUCUACAACCAGAUGGCCCAACCUGCCGAAUAUUAUGACUAUGCUAAUAUGAUUAACCAAGAUGAAGUGCCGUAUGGAAGCUCUCAAAUGAACCUUUAUGAUGCCUACCAAGACACCAUUGAACAGGAAAGUUCUCAAGCCUUAGCGGAGAUAGCCGAGAUACUUGCACAAAGGAUUGCAAGAGGGGAAAUUUCACCGGAAGAUGGCGCUAAAAUCAUGAGCAAAGUUGUGCAGCUCCUUCCAGACAACUACUGGGGUGAGAGCGAAGAAGGUAUUAGCUCAGUCGAUCUCGGGCUUUCAUCACAAACAAGCGAGUUCAUUGGUGAGGACGAGCCGAUGGAACGGUAUGGCCAAGUCGAACCAGAGAUGGAAAACUUCGAGGAAGAACUCCUGGCACAAGGACCGGAUGCUGGAUGGGUCAAGGAAAUCAAGGAGACGGACCAAAAUGGGGACGAGGAUGCCGUCGAAUUAGACGAAGAAGCAGAGAACAUUGCGGAUGAACUGGAAGAUGAGCUUCGAGAAGGAGGCAAGCCAUCAAAAACAGAGUCCAUUGAAAUCAACAAACCUGGCGCUGAUGCUGUCGUAAAAGUUGGUCCCUCAAAUGACGUCAUUGAUGAGGAUGUGGAAAAGAACUGGAAGGACAUGUCUCUAUUACUCGAUAACGACAUACCAGAAGAUAUCUUGAGAAGCCUUGGUAUCGCCAUGACAAAGCCGGGCAACAAGUAUGAAAAUGAAAUGGAAGAUAAGAUGGAGAACGAGAUGAAGGAGUUAGAAACAAAAGAAGAAGACGAUUAAUUCGAGGUCAUUCAAGACCAUUCCCUUUCUCCUCCUUCCACAGAUUUUGAAAAUCAGAGACUGCAUUGGGUGAACGUGUUGGAUAUUCAGCAAUAGCAAUAUGUUAUGUGGAACAGAAGUAUUGCCCCCCCCCCCAAAAAAAAAAUACACGUAUCUUACAGUGACAUCCAAGGGAGCAUCUAAAAUCGGUCGACUUGACUCAGAAUGAAUUAUAUUUCGUUUACUUUCAAAUAAGUACUACUUAAUUAACUAAUGAAUUUAAAACCCAACUUAAGGUUGCAAGUAAUGACAAAGAAACGGAACACUUCUGUUAUUUUUUACAAACACUAUAUUUGUAAUCGAAUUAGAGGAAUUGAGGGGGAGGGUGAUUUAAUCACCCAAAACUUAUUGAAUACGUAUAGUGUUGACGUGUUGCGUUCAGGUUGCGUUGAAAGUAACACCCUGCUGUGUUUCACCAUGGAUGCAAAGAGUUUGACAUACGGUUUAUGUAGUCUCUGAUUUUCAUCCCUUUCCUUGCAUCAAUCUUUAAUUUGCAUCGAAAUUCAUCUCUUUCGCUCUUCGCUCUAUUUCUCUCACAUCAUUCUGUAAAGAUGUUAUUUCCACAAUUUUAUUGCUAAUUGAUUUGAUUUAAUUUGGUUAUAUAUUAAUGUGAAGAUGUUGAUUUACAACGCAAUUGGUGUCGACACCACAUAUUACUUUAUUUGAAUUUGACGCGCACAUAAAUCACCUAUUUGGGUUAAUUUUGAAAUCACUUUAAACAAUGUUGGUGUCAAAGUGCUAUAACUAAACUUAAAAUGAUGAGCACUUACUUACUUGGUACAAUAUUAUCAUUCAUUGAUUUGUAAGAUAUCAUAUUCUGAUCAUACUGUCAUAUUUCUAUUGUGUAAUAACAUUUAUAAUAAAAUGCUCAAAUCUUAUCAAUAAGUGAUCAAUUACUUUCUUCUUAAACAUGUUGAAUCUCAAAUUCUAUUUACUCACACGAAAAAUAAACACAGUGUAAAAUACAACCCAUUUUGCAAAGUUGGGUCAGUGUAUGUGCGCCGUUUUUGUCUGUUAGAUUCUGACGUAUAUGGCGUUAACGGCCCGUCAUACCUUUCAGAUAAUUGGUGUUUUUAUUUACAUUAUUGACAAGAAAAAUGAAAUAUAUUUUUGUGCCCAACGUACAAGUCAUAUGGGGAUGUGAAUAUAAGUUUUUAAAAAUCUUUAUUUUUAAUCUAUUUAAAUACAUUAUAAAUCAUUAAAAAGGAUUUUUGCUUUUGUGAAAUGCUUCGUUUGCUUUAUUUCCCUUUUCUAUUUUGUUGUAUAUUCUAUCUACCUAUCUAUCCCUCUUCUAUUUAUCCAUCUAUCUAUAUAUCUAUCUAUCUAUCUAUCUAUCUAUCUAUCUAUCUAUCUAUCUAUCUAUCUAUCUAUCUAUCUAUCUAUCUAUCUAUCUGUCUGUUUGUCUAUCUAUCUAUCUAUCUUUCUUUCUUUUUUCUAUAUAUCCAUGUUUGUAUUACACCACUUUUCACACUUCCCCUAUCUCUCCCUUUCUUAUAUUUAUCUUCAUUAUGAAUCUACAUGUUUAUUUUCGGGUUUUUUUACAUCAAGUUUAUUACUAUUUAUUUAGUUAUCAAUACAAAAUUUAAUUUUACUCUACAUUAUUCUCAAUUUAUUAUUUCCUUACUUUCUUCAAGUAUGUAUUUCUUGUUAUCAUACCCCUCUCUUUGUCUCACUUUCUCUCUCAUUCUGUUUGUGUGUCUGUAUGUCUGUCUUAAACUCAUUUUCUCUUUGUCACUUAUACUACUUGACACUUUUUCUUAUUAUCUCGACCUGAAUGGUCAUGUUGAUUGUUUUGUUUUCUCUUUGUGUAACUUUACACUUUCAUGUAAGUAUUUCCUGUCUACGAGCUUUAAAUUUUCAUAAAGAGAAUCUAUGAAUAUAUUGUACAGUAUAUAAAACAUUGUAUCAUAAUUCUGGUGCAUCUACGUUAUACAGAAAGAUCGGAAGACUACUCUAAUUGAUGUAAUUACAACAUAUAGAUGUGAUAGCUCUAGUUGUAAGUGGUCUUAGAAAAAUGUUCUUUUAUCAAAAACGUAUACGCACAUAAAAAAGCCGUAACUAUUUUUACAGUCGCAUUUUUGUCACUACCGGUGCAUACAUAGAUAGGUUUACAGGCUGUCGGAUUCUCUCUAUUAAUCCUAGGCCAUAUCAAAUGUUAAAUUAAAGAAAUGGUUAUACGAUUGAUGUGAUGAAUUUCAUAUUUUUUUAUUCUUCAUAUUAUCUGUAAAUGUCUUGUUAUAUAACACGCAACUGAACCAAUAGAACCAUCUUUUACUUUAUUCAUCUUAAUCCAUAACAUGGGUUGUUUCAUAAAACACUCAUUCUUAAAAAAAAAAAAAAAGGUCACAAACGAUGUUACGUACACUAAAAUAUUUAGUGUCAAAGUGUGAGCACCAACAGUUUUAUCCAAGUUCCAUUAUAUAUUUCAAAUGGUUUUCUUUCAAUUCGUGGCAAAUAACAUAUUUUGAAGUUAAAACUAUGUUAUGAUAAAUAAUGAUGGAAAUCUGUAUUCUUCACCCCUAGCUAACGCACCAAAGAGUGAGUGAGAAACUCAUAUUGGCUUUCCAUAAACCAGUCAUUCGUAACUCUCUGAACAAGUUUAUAAAACACACCUGAUCAAUGUUUCCCAUGUUAACACCUACCAUAAAACUCACAGGUUGCAUAUUUUAAUAUUCUUUUCACCAGCAGAUUCUAAACCAAAAUGGUGAAAUGUCGAAGAAAAAUGAAGAUGUAUAAUAUAUAGAUUUCCAAGUGACCCAGAUAAGGUUUUCUGACAUUUCAACAAUGAGGGCGUUUUCACCAGAUUUAGUUCCGACUACAGUAUUUUGUUAGCAUGAGAAGUCAUGCUUGAGGCCUACAUGUACUCCACUAAAUAAGAAACGGAAAAUGAUGAUUUAUCCGGGUGAUUUAUACACUCUAUUUUCUUUUACAAAAUGUAUCCAAUAGUGAAAUUCAGUCUCUUUCUUUACUAAAAUGUUGAAAGAGUGAUCCAAGAGUAGUGAGUAGGCCUAAUCCAGCAAAAUGCCAACUAGUUUGCCAGAUUAUUGUCGUAUAACGACCUGUAUGAUUAUUCAUUCUAAAUGCCAUAAUAUAUCUUCAUACUUUCAGUUCAUUGCUCUCUGGAUCUUGUAUAUUCAAUAUGUAAAUACGUAGGAAAAUCAUGUCAUGUCGCUUAUAAGAAGGCGAUGAACACACUAACUCGUAUGACCAAAAUAUAGAUACGUGUAUUAUGGCAUCAUUGUGCGGCUUUGAUUGUAUGAAAUAGUAAUAAAGUAUGUUGUGGCAUCGCAAAGAAUGGGAUCAUAUUUGCAUGAAAUCAAAUAAGAUGUUAUAGAUUAUCACUCAUGUGAUGGGGUUGGGGGGAGGGUGUAGAAAUAUACGCCGUGCCGUUAUGAAACCACAAUUAGGCUAUAGGAUUAUGUUUUAGCUGCAGUCAUAAUGAUUGAAUAUUUGGCUAAUAAGUUGGGGAUCUUAAGGCUAUUUUCAUUCAAUUUGUUUUAUGGUUAUCAUGUACGGGAUUUGAUCGAAUUCGAAAGGGUAAAAUUAUUUCACGUAAGUCCACAUGUUACUUGUGUGCAUUGGCAUGGUUUCACAAUAACCCCACUGAAAAUUGGGAGAAAAUGAAAAACGAAAAAGAAAAAUAGUCUUACAUGGCAAUGUGUAUCAUUUUUAUUUUAUUUUAUCCAGCACAUUUUCAUUCUUAAAUACUGUGGAAUCAUUACUUUUGUCUCUCUUCGUGUUUGUUUUGUUUUUAUUUUGUAAUAUUAUUUACAAAGUUGCCCUAAAUCUCGUGUACUUUGAUGAACUGUUGUAACCACCUUGUUAUUUUAUUUCAAUGUAACUCUUUUUUCCUGCAAAUACACCACAUACAAUUAUCUUGAUAUUAGCCCAAUCAACAUGUUUGAAUUUAUAUUUUUAUAAUGUAUAAUUUAUUUGUUAAAUCGACCAUUUCUUUGUUGAUAUUUUACAUACGUAUAUGGAUUAUUCUCUUAUUGUAGGCCAAAUUUGAAAAGAAAUAAUCGAAAUAUUUUUAAAAAGUGUACUCGGUAUCAAAAGCUAGUCUUUUGAACACCUUGAUGAUUUAUGUUUACUGCAAGGAAUAUUCCCCUCCAUCCCUCCUCUAAUUCCUGUCCAUGUGAAGACAUUCCACUCUCCUUCUCUUUAAUAUCUUCCUCAAUCCUCCUCCUCCUUCUCUACCCCUCCCCCUUGCCUCUCUCACUCUCACUCUCCCCACCCCCCCCCUCUCUCUCUUUCUCAAACUAUCGUAACUAUAAGCUGUAUGAAAUUUCUGAUGCACAUUGGAAGUAUUGUACAUGAUGAUGAAAUUAAGUAAAGCUGAAAAGUUUCUUAUCAGUUUACACUGAAUAUGAAUAUUCCAGGCAGCUUCUGCUAUGUUGCUUUUCUCGAAACCACUAGCUCUUUGUUGUCAAUUUUCGUUGAAUAAAGUGUGCUGAAUAAAAUAAUGAUAUCUCUA